UGGCUGUGCCCACUGAGUCUGCCGCGAGCAGCGUCGCAUUCGGUCUUUCGAAUUCGAGAACUCGCUCGCUCUCUGAGGACCUCGCUCGUCUCGCCUCGCCUCGCGGACACGGAUUUUGGCGUCAGCCUUCCUCUCCUCUCCUGGCAAGAUGGGCAAGGCAUCGCUGUUUCUGCUCGGGCUGCUCGCGCUGAGUGCCGUGUGCGUUUACGGAUCGGACCCGGCAGCGGAGUCGGAUGAAGCUUCGGCGUCCUUGCAGACCGAUGUUUUGACGUUGGAAGUGGGAAAUUUCAGCGAGACCGUCGAGAAGCACGACUUCAUCGUCGUGGAAUUUUAUGCCCCAUGGUGUGGUCACUGCAAACGAUUGGAACCGGAGUACGAGAAGGCAGCAACCCAGUUGAAAGAGAACGACCCACCUAUUAUCUUGGCCAAGGUCAAUGUGGAUGCAGAACAGAACAAGCCUCUGGCGUCAGAAUUUGACAUCAAGGGAUUCCCUACUCUGAAGAUCAUCAAGAACAAGGGGCAGUCGGUUCAGGAGUACAAGGGGCCAAGAGAAGCUGAAGGAAUUGUUUCCUACUUGAAGAAAAUUUCCGGCCCACCUUCGUUGGAACUCACAUCUGCUGAGCAAGCUGGAAAAUUCAUCACCGAUAAUGAGGGAAGCCUGGUUAUCAUUGGAGUGUUUGACAAAUUGGAAGGUGAACACUAUGCCAAUUAUCUCAAAGUGGCCGAUGCUCUUCGAAGUGAUUACGAAUUCUGCCAUACUACCGAUGCUUCUUACAUUCCUGAAGAUGGGGUACCAGUGAAGACGUCUUCAGUUCGUCUCAUCAAGAAUUUCGAUGAUAAAGUUACCGUAUUCACAGAUUUUACGGUCGAGGCGCUUACAAAUUCCAUUGAGGAGGCAAGUCUGCCAUACGUCACAGAGAUGAGCAAGAAGCCAGAGCACCGACCAGCACUCAUGAAGUUCUUUGAAAGUUCCAAGACAAAGCUUUUCCUCUUCUUGGCUGAAACUUCCGAAGGAGACAAUUCUCAGAAGGAUCUUCUUAAGACUUUCUCAGAGUUGGCCAAGGCAAAGAAGGCAAAUGGCUUGAUUGCUCUUUUUGCUGAUGCCGAAGAAAGUGCCAAUGCCCUUCAGUUUUUUGGUCUUGCGAAAGAAGAUGCACCAGCCUCUGUUAUCCAAGACAGCAAGGGAAAGAAGUACCUUUUCAAGAAUGCGGAGGGUAGCAAGCUUUCAUCUUGGGUCGAUGCGUACUUGAAUGGUGAGCUGAAGGAGCACAUCAAGUCCGAGGCUAUUCCUGAAACCAACGAUGAGCCCGUAAAGGUCAUUGUGGCCAAUUCAUUCAACGCAGAAGUGGUUGAAGCCAAGAAGAACGUUUUCUUGGAAUUCUAUGCCCCAUGGUGUGGACACUGCAAGAAGCUUGCCCCAAUUUUGGACGAAGUAGCAACUUCGUUUGAGGGUGAUUCCGAUGUUGUGAUCGCUAAAUUUGAUGCGACCGCCAAUGAUGUACCAGGUGAUUUGUUCGACGUUCAAGGCUUUCCUACCCUCUACAUGUACAGUGCCGAGGGAGUGGUCACGGCCUAUGAUGGAGAGCGGUCCAAGGAAGAUAUCAUUAAGUUCAUUAACGAGAACAGGACUAAAUCUGCUCCAGUAGACAAGGCAGAGAAAACUGUAGAAGAUGUGAAGGCUCCAGUUAUUGAAACGAUAGAAAAAGUUACAGACCCAGUGAAAGACGAGCUUUGAAUACUGGCAGUGUUACACAUUAGCUUUCGAGAGCUUGGGAGAGGUUAGGGCGUGGUUUGGAAUGGGUAUCAACACCAGCUCAAAAUAACCUCAAGAGAGUUGAAAGUCGGGAAAGGCUCAUAUGAGCAUUGCCACCGGACAGCAGUUGGAAGAUCAGACUCCAAGGAGAUGGUUAUAAGCAGGACAUCUCUUAUGGAAUUCUAGUUUGAGAUCAAGCUUGUCUUGUGCAACUUUUGGAGAGACGUUAUUUAAUUGCCUGGUGUGUCAAAAGAGACGCAAUACACUUCGAUCCUAACGCCAGCCCUCUACGCUAUCGAAUGCACUACAAGCAGCCACAUCACGCAGGCAAGGAAAGGCGGAGCAAACAGACAGGCAAACAAAAAUUUCCCCAUACCCAGUCCGUCCUCUUGUAUUUACUUCGUUUUAUCUCGACAUCGUCAUUUCUCUCUCAUUCCUUAGUUUCUCCAUUUGUUAUUGUCACGCUUGUCUUCGCUUCUCUAGUUCUCUGAUGUGUUUUCUCUGUCAGUUUUCUGUAAGGAAAACAGCUUUCAAACACUUUCUGAGGUUCUCGCUUCUCUAGUGUUCUCUUUCGUAUGAACAUUCUAUCAUGCAACGUGUUCAUAAAAGGUAAUCCUAAGUUGCAUUCUCUCUUGUUCUCUUUUGAACAAUUUUUUAACUAAAUUUUAUACAAUUGAGGAUACAAAGUAGUAAAAUCAUGUCAAGUGAUGGAGCACGAUAAUCCUUUGUUUGGUGUACAGAAUUUUAACUUGUAAUUUGAGAGUUUAUGGUAUUUUAUUGUUAUUUGUAUAGAGUUUUAGCUUGCUAGUUAAGAUACAGUUGCGAUAGUACACAUCCGAAUACUAUCUGUACCUGGGCUUUGGUUUCAAUUUGACUUAUCUGCAUGAAGGGGUUGUACUAUCUGUUAUAAAUUUUCAAGUUGACAAAAGCAAACAUACAUUUUGUUAAGAUGAAAUUUUUUUCGUAGUACUCCAUUGAAAUUCUACAACAAUAUCAGAUAAUAAGAACAUUUCAAAACCAAUAUAUACGUUUGAACAAAAUCUAUUUCACGUUUCAAAGUAGCAAGUGCAUGCAGUAAUUACCUUUUACAUAUAUAUAGAAGCUCUAAUUUAAACUUAAAUCUCUAGACCAAAAUUUUGUUUAUCAUAACACAUGUUUCAAGCAAAAAAUGCCGAAAUAUUAACCAAUCGUUGCUAUUUAAUCUGCAGCUACAUGUGCUUAUCUAACUAAAUAAAUUACUACUUGAGAAGAAAAGAUUUGUUCCUUCUAAACUCUUCCAUAAUGUGACAUUGGUAGAAAUGAGAGGGAAUCCCAUCAACUGCGCAGGAAGAACGUACCGGCCAUAUUUACAAAGUAAACCGAGUGUGUUGAACCAGUGAUCAACCAGUAAUGUACACUAAACUGCUCGAACGGCUCCCCUAGUCAACAUUAGGAUUUGAUAUCACAAGUCAACCAGUCACCAGGCAAAAAUGUUAGCAUCUCGAUGAAUUCAGUCUGAAAGUUACCCGCUGCUUCUUCAUCAGAGUGAUGUUGUUAAUUCUAAGUAAAAGCUGAGUGAAGGUUACUGACUUUGGAAGAGUCCAUCUGAUGGACUCUUCCAAAGUUUCUUCAAGUGAUGGACUCCAUCACUUGAAGAAACUCCACUUCCUCGACUCCGCCUGAUGCUACCAUAGAACAGCGGUCAUGAAUGUCUAGUCUACCUUGGUCACGACCAUCAGCCGAAGUUCUUUCUUCCUUACAUACUAUAGUGUCUCCGACCAAAGGGUCAAACCAUUCAUCUUUUGACAUCAUGUAGUCCGUGUGCCCAAAAUAUACCUUUGAAGCCAACUAUAUACCGGUAUAAUGAAAGCUCAUUAUUCUGAUAAUGGAUGACUUUAUAAUUAGACAUGAUCACUUGACUUCGUCCAAUACAUCAACAAAUGUAGAGGGGUUCAAGACUCCAGAAGAUUGUGGAAAGUAAUUGGUAAUGCCUCAAAAGUGUAUCACAUAUCCUCUAGGAUCUAGUCUAAACUCAGUCAGACUAGUGUGAAUAUUUUGUGAUAUUAUAAAGUGUUACGUAACUUGAUGACGUCUGUAAGAUGAUACCUUUGUUGGACUUUAAUACCCAUGUACUAUACUCUGAUCGAUACAUUUUCUGGAGAUGGCCGUUCACUGGCCCACUUUUACUUGUUGUGGUCGUGGCCCUUCGACCUCGUAGAUGCAUAAUAAAUCAUACACGAGGAGGAAGAUUAAGAUUAAAUCAAACCUCCGAAGAAUAAUUCUUCAUAGUGUUAAUAAGGAACAGAGUCCAAGCAGAUGAGAAUUGCUCAACCACCUCUCGAAGGAUCUGACUGGCACACACACACCUUUGCAUGAUGAUGGUGUGUGCGAUGUCGAGCUAAUGCCUUGAAGGAGUCUCUAUCAAACCCGGCACGAUCGCGUCAGCUGCUUUAAUUUCUCCCAGUUUGAUCGACUCAAAUGACAGCAGAGAAUUCUGGAUUCCAGGUCGGACGUAGACUAGGGAACUGCCUAUCUUUCCUCAGAAGCAAAGUCUCCCACCGUACUCCAUUCUUGAAGCUUUAUGUGGCUCCUCGUUGUGGAGGGGCCGGGUACGAAGAAGUUUCUACAGCCCCACAGCUACAAACAUUUUUCAACUUGGGUCAGCCUCACACCACCUCCAUCUUUAUUGUACUUGCUUCGCUAAAUUGUCCUUGUGUGCGAAUUGCGAUUUUCAGGAAUUCUCCUCCCGCAAUGUCUCCAACAGGAACCUUCAUCUCCGACACUGCUGCACCCACGUCUCCAAGAAGGGAUCUCCCCAAGUGUGUGCAUCCACAAACCUGCAGUAUAAUUAAAACGAGCAGCUUUCGGCCACUCAAAUAAAGUAAGCCACAGGCAAUCAGAUAUUUAUUCUUCGUAUGAAGGGGCAGAAGAAGAGCUCAAGUGUUGAUAAGUUCAUGCCCAGCCGAUUAUUGGACGCGCGGUAGUGGAAGAUUUAUCUCUCUUUUAAGGAAGGAGUGCCUUUGAUUUCUUCAUUUGACUUCCUCUUGAUUGCACAAAGCUGUAACUGCCAAAGAAGACACUUGGAUUGUCCUAAAAUCUGUAUCAUGCGCGGAUGGAGAUCGUGUGAAGCAGGUACAGGUUUCAGAAACUCUGGCUCCAGCUAGUUCAUCCUUUUUUUGUUCGACGAAGAUCUCAGGCCAAACUCGUCCCGGUGUUUACAAAUUGUGGGGAUUCUGCAUUCAAUUUCACGGAUCCCUUUUGUAGUCAUUCAAAAAAUUGUUCUUUUGAAACAACCAUUUUGAUCGUGUUGAAGCAGAACGUGCGCAUAUGAACCUUUCAUCUUUUAGAUAGGAAGAGAGAAUAGAAGGUUGAGCUCAUUGUCACUUCUUUUCCGGAGCUCUCGAGUGGUCAAUUUAUUGAGAGAGGUUGGAGCCAGUGCAGUGUCCGGAUAAAGCGAGAGAUUUUUGCAUGUGACUGAAAGCAAGUGUGUCAAAACGCAACUUGGCUAUGAAUGCAAGAGGUUGGGAUUGAAUGGGAUCAAUCAUCUCCACGGUGAGAAAGAGGCGACUAAUUGUAAAAAUGAGAAUGAUGGCCGAACCACCUCGGCAGUAUUGGCCAGGUCUAUGCCUACUAUUCACGAAAUCCGAACUACCAACUUUGAAAGGCAUGAGAAACGAAAGCCGAGAGUAACAAGGUUUUAAAUCCAGAGUCAUUCUCUAGCAUCGCUAUGCGACUACCUUAUCGAACGAUGAAAAAUCCAGGAUCUUUCAUCGAAGAGAACAUUACAAACUAUUAUAUAAAACACGAGAGA